AUGGUCAACGAUAAACAUACGGUAGGUCGCAAAGAAACGAAGGCACAGCGCCAGCAAACGAGACCGAGGCCUCACCAGCGUUCUGCGUUCGAUUCGAUAGAACUGACGGUUGUGCUAGACGCCUUGCACGAACAUGGCAUAAAUGCUGUUUACGUCAACCUGAUCGAGGAAUUAAAAACCGGUCAUACGACCCAUAUGGUGCUGUUCAACGAACCACGUCGCAUCAUUAUAGUUCGACUAGUGCACGAAAAACCGAGGACGUACAAUCUCACGAUCGGCCUUCGUCGUGUACCGUACUUCACCGGUAACUGCUAA